UGUUAAGUUUGCUAAUUGCUGAAACUCCAAAGUAAAUGUCAUUUAAGUGCUCUGAAAGAUAAGAGAAGUAUUAGACGUAGAUAGAAAAUUCAGGGACAAACCGUCUUGGUUGCCCAAAUGUAGAAAAACAAAAACAAAAAACUCAAGACAACAUGUGAGUAUUGUAAUGUUCGUAUCUUCUCGUUAAGUUUUAUGUGAGAUGUCCAGAUUUAUAAAUCGUGGGGUAGCAAGACAGCUUGCUGUGGCAUUUACAGCCGGCGGCUCCUGUUUCAUAAUCGGCGCGCUGAUGGGCUGGCCGGCGCCCACACUGAAAAAACUCCGAGCCGCGGACACGCCAAUCCGGUUGUCCGUCUUGGAGGAGUCCUGGGUGGUAAACGCCCUCUACUUGACCACCAUGGUGAGCCCGUUCAUGUGCGGGGCCCUCAUGAACUCCUUCGGCCGGAAACUCACCCUCCUCGCGCUCACUGUUUUCCCGACCCUCUCCUGGAUCCUCGUCUUCUUCAGCCGGUCGGGCGCCAUGCUCAUCGCGGCCCGCUUCCUUGCCGGGUUCUGGGUUGGCGGUUGCUCCACUGUCGUCCCCAUCUACGUCGCUGAGAUCGCCGAGCCGGCGGUUCGUGGCGUUGUCGGAACUUUUACCGCGGUCAGCACGAUGCUGGGCAUCAUAUCCGCCUACGUCAUCGGACCCUGCGUCUCCGUGUACACGAUGGCCGCCAUCUACGUCGUCACUCCGGUGCUCUUCUUCGCUCUCUUCUCUCUCUGCCCGGAGUCGCCGUACUUCUUCGUCAUGCGGGACCAGCACGUGGCCGCUGCCGCCGCCUUGACGUGGCUCCGGGCCAGGGACUCCGUCACGGCGGAAUUGGCCGCCAUCCAGGGCUCCGUUGAGAGGGACGCGCAGACCCGGCAGGGAUGCCUCCGCAAGCUCUUCAGCCUCGUCUCCGUUUCCGCCAAUCGCAAGGCUUUCGUAACCGUCGAGUUCAUGAUGGUGUUGCAGAGAAUGUCCGGCUUCAGCUGCCUAAUGGCCUAUUCUUCCGUCAUCCUCCCCUCCAAAGUGGGUCCCUUCACGUCAGACAACUGCACCCUGAUCAUGGGGAUCGUUUGGCUGGGCUCAGCUCUGAUCUGCUCCGUCCUCGUCGACAGGGUCGGCCGCAAGCCUCUCCUAUACUUCUCCAGCAUCGGGAUAUUCGUAUCCAUGCUCCCAACAUCCCUGUGGUACUACCUCGACCGAGAGACCUCGACGGACGUUUCAGGGGCGAACUGGGUCCCUUUGGCGGGCGUCCUGAUCUUCGGCCUCACUUUCACGAUGGGCCUCGGCGCCAUCCCUUCGAUUUACCAGGGAGAGAUGUUCUCCAGUAGCCUCAAAGGGAUAGGCUCCGCCUUGACGGUGGGCGUCUGUGCUGGAUCUUCGGCGUUGAGUGUUUCCGUGUUCGCGGUUUUGGUGAAAUUCGUCGGGCUGUACGCGCCGUUUCUCCUUUUCGCCGCCGUUGGCCCGGCUACGUUUUUAUUCGUGUACUAUUUUGUGAUGGAAACGAGGGGAAAAUCUUUACAGGCGAUUCAGGAUGAACUGAGGGGUGAGGAAUUGGAUCGAUGAUUUCGGAAAAGGGCCAUCUCCAAAAUGUUGAUCAAUUGGACUAAAUUUUGCAAUUUGGAAC